AUGGUCAAAGCCGUUGUUGCUGGUGCUUCCGGUGGUAUCGGACAGGUUUGUCUAAUCCUCCAACCCUUGCCGCCGCCCGUCGGCGAUGCGGAACAAGCAGCUAAUGUACCCCGCGACUCGCAGCCCCUGUCCCUUCUCCUCAAGCUCUGCCCCCUGGUCGACGAGCUCGCCCUCUACGAUGUGGUCAACACCCCCGGUGUUGCCGCCGACCUUUCCCACGUCUCGUCCAACGCUAAAGUCCAGGGCUACCUGCCUGCCGACGACGGCGCGAAGGCUGCCUUCAAGGAUGCCGAUGUCAUCGUCAUCCCCGCCGGUAUUCCCCGCAAGCCUGGCAUGACCCGCGAUGACCUCUUCAACAUCAACGCCGGCAUCGUCAAGGGCCUCAUCGAGGUCGCCGCCGAGGUCGCCCCCAAGGCCUUCAUCCUCGUCAUCUCCAACCCCGUCAACUCGACCGUGCCCAUCUCGGCCGAGGUCCUCAAGGCCAAGAACGUCUUCAACCCCCAGCGCCUCUUCGGCGUCACCACCCUCGACAUCGUCCGCGCCGAGACCUUCGUCGCCGAGCUCGCCGGCAAGGCCAACCCCCAGGAGCUGACCGUCCCCGUCAUCGGCGGCCACUCGGGCGAGACCAUCGUGCCCCUCUUCAGCCAGAUCAAGCCCUCGGUCACCAUCCCCGACGACAAGUACGACGCCCUCGUCAACCGCGUCCAGUUCGGCGGCGACGAGGUCGUCAAGGCCAAGAACGGCGCCGGCUCCGCCACCCUCAGCAUGGCCUACGCCGGCUACCGGUUCGCCGAGAAGCUGCUGAAGGCCAUCAAGGGUGCCAAGGGCCUCGUCGAGCCCAGCUAUGUCUACCUCCCUGGCGUCCCCGGCGGUGCCGAGAUUGCCAAGAAGACCGGCACCGACUUCUUCUCCGUCCCCAUUGAGCUUGGCCCCAACGGCGCCGAGAAGGCCAUCGAUGUCCUCGGCGACAUCACCGACAAGGAGAAGACGCUGCUGGACGCCUGCCUCAAGGGCCUCAAGGGCAACAUCGAGAAGGGUGUCACCUUUGCCCACAACCCGCCUCAAAAGUGA